CACUGUUUGUGUUCUGGCUAUGCAAAUCCACACGUAGUAACAGUGUUUACUGAAAGCUGAAUUUUAUCCGCUUUUGGAUUUUUUAUUUUUAGCUUUUUUCUGAUACUGAAAUAGGUUUGUAAUCGGUUGCUUACUUUUUACGUCGAGCCAAAAACCAGAAAUCAGCAUAAUUGAUUUAGUGGACGAUAAUGGCGGCUGGCAAUGUUCCAGUUCCACGUGGUUUGGUCGGUGUGGGACUUCUCGCCGGGAUUGGGCUCUUUGGACUCAGUCAAGGUCUCUACAAUGUUGAGGGAGGGCACCGUGCGAUUGUUUUCAGUCGUUUUGGUGGGAUCAGGGAUCAGGUCUAUCCUGAAGGAACACAUUUUAGGAUCCCGUGGUUUGACAGGCCAAUCAUUUACGAUGUUCGAGCACGACCUCAUCUGGUGGAGAGCACCUCUGGCAGUCGCGACCUUCAGAUGGUAAAAAUUGGCCUUCGGGUUCUUACCCGUCCCGUUCCAGACCAGUUGCCUUCCAUUUAUCGAACUCUUGGUGAGAACUUCAAUGAAAGAGUCCUGCCUUCAAUUAUCCAUGAGACUCUAAAAGCUGUUGUUGCCCAGUACAAUGCUAGCCAGCUUAUCACCCAAAGAGAGAAUGUCAGUAGGGAAAUACGCCAAAUACUGACUCAGCGAGCUGCCAACUUCGACAUUGCACUGGAUGAUGUUUCUCUCACCUCCCUGACCUUCGGAAAGGAAUUCACUAAUGCCAUUGAAGCUAAACAGAUAGCUGCACAAGAAGCUGAGAGGGCCAAGUUUGUGGUCGAAAAAGCUGAGCAAGACAAACAAAGUGCUAUAAUUAGAGCACAGGGAGAGGCGAAGAGCGCCCAGCUGAUUGGUCAAGCUAUUGCCAGCAAUCCUGCAUUCAUUACGCUUAGGAGGAUAGAAGCGUCAAAGGAUAUCUCGAGCACAGUUUCGUCUUCAACCAACAAGGUGUACCUGAACUCCGGCGAGCUGCUGCUAAAUCUGCAGGAUCAGAAGGCUGCUGCCAAAUAAAUCUCCGAGGUGGCUGGAACAAAUUCUUUUUUUGACAUCAAGUUUAAGCUUCUUUGCCUGCAGAGUUAGAACUGUGGGAUCAUGAUUUUAGCCGUUUUCGUAUUAUCAUAAAGGUCGCGGCAAAUUCGAUUUUUUUGCUUAUUUGAUGUCAAGUACUGAAUGAAUAUAUCAUUUUAAUAGUUUCAUGUGUUAUCUUGGUUUGCUUAUAGUAAUAUUUUCAUGAUUUUAUUUUUA